AUCGAAUCUCACUGUUCCUCACACAGUAAAGCACAACUCACUCAUACACAGCAAAAAAAGAAAAAAAAAAGAAACCCUUCUCCCCAAACACGCCCUACCUAGCCUCAUGGCUUGUCUGCCGGAAUAUUCUACUACUCUGUUUAUCUGAUAAUUGUUUGGCCGGAGAGUUCAAAAAGAGCACUCCUUUUUCUUUUGGGAACUACCCAUUCUUUUUGUAUGCUUGAUUAUUUUUUGUAUUAGGUUUUCUUCUGGUAAAGAUUUCAGCUUGUGUGGGGUAAUUUCAUAAAGCAGAAUGUAUGUGGUUCCUCCUCCCAAUCGAUCUGAUCCAUUGUCCGGAUCGACAAACGGGUCGGAUGAGCUACGGGUUUACCAGACUUGGAAAGGCAGCAAUAAAUUUUUUCUUCAAGGAAGGUUUAUUUUUGGGCCAGAUGUAAGGUCGCUAGCUCUCACUAUAUUCCUGAUCGUGGCUCCCGUCGCUGUCUUUUGUGUCUUUGUUGCAAAAAAGCUAAUGGAUGAUUUUACCAAUCAUUGGGGAGUAUCAAUCAUGGUUAUUGCAGUUGUUUUCACGUUUUAUGAUUUAAUUCUUCUCUUGCUAACAUCUGGAAGAGAUCCUGGUAUAAUUCCUCGAAAUGCGCAUCCACCAGAACCUGAAGGCUAUGAUGGCAGUGCAGAAGGAGCUCAAACACCACAGUUACGCUUGCCUCGGAUAAAGGAAGUCGAAGUUAAUGGCACCACAGUGAAGAUCAAGUAUUGUGACACCUGCAUGCUUUACCGACCUCCUCGUUGUUCACACUGUUCGAUAUGCAAUAACUGUGUCGAACGGUUCGACCAUCACUGCCCUUGGGUUGGGCAAUGUAUUGGACUGAGAAACUACCGGUUCUUCUUCAUGUUCGUCUUCACAACAACUCUACUCUGUGUAUAUGUUUUUGGUUUCUGUUGGGUUUACAUUAAGAGGAUCAUGGAUACCGAGGAUAUAUCAAUAUGGAAAGCAAUGAUCAAAACCCCUGCUUCUAUUGUCCUAAUUGUCUACACAUUUAUAGCAGUUUGGUUUGUUGGUGGUCUUACGGCAUUCCAUCUCUAUCUUAUCAGCACAAAUCAGACUACUUACGAGAAUUUUAGAUAUAGAUACGAUCGACGGGCAAAUCCGUAUAACAAAGGAGUAGUGGAUAACUUCAAAGAGAUAUUCUAUGGGCCCACAGCUCCAUCGAAGAACAAGUUUAGGGCUAAGGUAGCCAGAGAACCGGUUUUACCAACUCGAUCUGUAGCGGGCGGUUUUGUGAGUCCAAAUAUGGGUAAAGGAGUGGAAGACAUUGAGAUGGGGAGAAAAGCAGUAUGGGGAGAUGUUGGUGCUGUGUUAGAUAAUACUGAAGGGCAAUUGAGUGAUAACGAUGGCUUAAACAACAACAACAACAACCACAACAAAGAUAGUGGAUUAGGGGAAACAUCCCCUGAGAUAAGGACCACAGUAGACGAGGGUGAUCGUGCGGGUAUACAUCCGAGACGUUCGAGUUGGGGAAGGAAGAGUGGGAGCUGGGAAAUGUCCCCUGAAGUUCUUGCCUUGGCUUCUAGAAUGGGAGGAGAACCCAAUAGAACGGCUGGGAGUAGCAGCACCGUCCGAUCAACGGAGCACAAGUUAUGACAGACCGAAAACCGAUUUCGUUUGUUGAUGUUUUGGAAUGUUUGUGAAAAAUUGUAUGGUGAUUAUAUUUGUGAUGUUGUAAUAUUGGGUGGUUUGAGUACUUGGGGUGUGCAGAAGUGUUGUUUGUGAUGUGGUGUUAUGUGUGGGUUGAUUUUCCUUAUAUCCCUAGUAGCUAGUCUUACUACUACUACUGUUGCUGUAUUGUAUUGUAUUUGUUGAAUUAGUUAUAGUUGACAUUUGGCCAUGUGACUGUACUUGCGUUGACCUUGUU